AGCGAACUACUUUUUUUUAGAAAUAGUGUCAAUAAAAUAUUUGUAAUUUUUCAGUAGUAAAAAAACUUUGCUACUUGCUACUUGCUAACUUGCUACUAAACCAUAAUUAUUUAUUUCAUUGGGACAAUAUGUAAACAAUUGUAACGUGACAAAAGUAUCUAGUUUUUAUUUUUGUCUACUUGUAUAUAUAUAUAUAUAUAUAUAUAUAUUUGUUUUGAGUCGAAUGCGGACUGUGACGUCGUUUGUCAGUAAAAUUAUCAUGAUAAGGUAUUGUGAUUUGUUUAUGCGCGUGCGAGAUAGUCAGCUGUGUACUACUUCAGACCGGUUAAUGGACGGCAUUUGUGUGUACAUUCACUCUGUUCCUUUCCUAUCUUGAACGUCAUUUGCACUGCUCACCGCAUACAUUGUCGCCUUAUGAUUUAAAUUGUUCUUAGUAAUUUCCGGCACUGGGUAUUAAGUUUUUUUUUGACCCCUACUCCAAAGGCUAGCCGUGUUGUCGCCAACGGAUCGCCGGGUCAAACGCCGGACGGGUUGUCGGGGAAUAGCCAUAGUCGGAACUGGUCGCACUAUUUCCCGUCCGUAUCGUGAGUUUUCUGUUGUUGUGUGCGUUGCAACUUUUUAAUUUUUUAUAUAUAUGUUUUUCGUGAGUGUCCGUUAUUUUUUUUAGUAUGUAAUUCUUUAUUUAUGGCGUCGGCUAAUCCUGCCUCCAUUUUAGUUAACCCUUCGGGGCUGGUAAUGUAUAUUUUUGUUUUAAUGUUUUGAGCCAGUUUUUUUUAGUGCGCCGUGCCAUAAGCACGUGUAGCGAAUUUUUUUUGUGUUGUUUUUUUUUUUGUAUAGGUGCCCUUAUUUUUAUUUAGGUCCAUCGACAUGGCAGGCGUGUUCCAAUACCACCUGUUAUAUAUAUAUUUUUAUAGGUUUUGUGUUAUAUUUUAUCGGGUGAUGAAUAUGUUAUUAGUACAAUGUGGUGACGUAGUGCAUUUUAUCCCGGGGUGUCCCAACGUCUUGCAAGCUAAGCCUAACUGCCAAAAACCAGUCGCUUACUUGGGACGUAUACCCGCCGUGCUUAGCGGUAAUACCGCGGUUAAUAGCCGGUGGGUACCCGAAGACGUUCAUCGUAUUCUCUAAUAAUAAAAGUGUAGGUGUAACUAUUUUUUUUAUUAAUAUCUGUUUUUUUUUCUCUUUCUUUGUCCCCUUUAACCUUUAUGUGACUGAAAAAAAAAACAACUUCUUAUGACGGUGUAGGUACCCGGGUACCUACAAUAUAGUUAUCUGUGCUUUUCCGGUAAAUUAUUUCAUUGUCGUCAGUUUAUCGCUUUUAUAUCUUAUUAUAUGUAAUUCGAAUUAUCAGUAGACAUAAUUUUAUUAAUAUCGAACAUUUUAAAAAUAUAGUUACGGUUUAUAUGUCCGUCAUUUUAGUUUUUGACAUUGACGUGAACACAGUAUUAACAUUAAUUCAAAAGUGUGUAUUAUUGUUUGAAUUUUUAUUUUAUUUAUUAUAUAAUAUUCAUAAAUGCUAAAUAUGGCUGAUGGUCAGGCUAAUAACCAACGUCGUAAUGAAAGACUAAGGAGAUCUAGAUUACCAUCUGAUGAAAUAAGAAAUGUAUUGGGGGAAUCAGAUUCUGAAGGUGAACUAUAUCAUGUAUCUGAUGAAGAUGAGUAUUUUCCCGAACCAGCAGCUAUUGAAUUUGAAGAAUCAGAUGUAGAAAUAGAGCCAGUUAUUGAGUAUGGUGAAGACUUUGAUUCAGAUGAAAGCAGCGAAGAUGAAUCCAUACAUAUCGAGCCUAGAGUCGGUAAAGAUGGUACUCAGUGGUAUGAUACACCAUAUCCUCAGGCUCAAACAAUUUCUCGUAACAUUUUGCGUCAAAAACCUGGACCAUUAAAUUCUACUGCAUUAUUUACAGCAAAAGAGAUAUUUAAAUCUAUCAUGUCAAAAGAAAUAUGUGACAUAAUUUUGAGAGAAACCAAAAGAAAAGGUCAACAAGUUACAGAAGACUACAAUAGAGAACUAAUAGAAAAAUUUCCAGUUUCUAGUCGACCACUAACAAAAAAAUUUAUACCAUUUACCGAAGAAGAAUUUGAUGCAUUCUUGGGAAUUCUUCUCGUAUCUGGUGUACAUAGAUCUAAUAAAGAACAUGUAUCAGAAAUGUGGAAAUUAGACUCGUUACCUCUCAUUCGAGCUGCAAUGUCUCGAGAUCGAUUCAAAAUGUUGCUAAGGUUUAUUCGUUUUGAUAAUGUAAACACUCGUAAUAUACGUAUUACAACAGACAAAGCUGCACCGAUUCGUGAUAUUUGGACAAUGCUCAAUCAAAACUUACAUAAAAAUUAUAAACCUACAGAAAAUAUAACAGUAGACGAACAAUUAUUUCCUUACAGAGGACACACAAAAUUUACACAGUACAUUCCAUCUAAACCUGCAAAAUAUGGAAUAAAGGUUUUUUGGGCUUGCGAUGCAGCAAAUGCUUACCCUUUGCAUGGUAAAAUUUACACAGGCAAACCACAAGAUGGUAAACGUCAAGUAAAUAUUGGUGAACGUACAGUUCUAGACUUAGUUGCGAUGUAUAAAGGUUCUGGACGAAAUGUGACUACAGACAACUUUUUUACAAGUAUGCAAUUGGCUACUACAUUAAACUCUUGGAAUAUGACAUUGGUUGGUACUGUCAGAAAAAAUAAAAGAUUCUUGCCUCCCAAAAUGCUUCCAUCAAAAGCCAGAGCUUUACAUUCUACAAAUUUUGUAUUUAAAAAAGAUAUAACUCUUUGUUCUUAUGUUCCAAAAAUAAAUAAAUCGGUUAUUCUUUUAUCUACAAUGCAUAUGACAGCCGACAUAAUGCAAGCUGCUACCGCUAAACCAGAAAUUAUAAAAUAUUAUAAUCAGACAAAAGGAGGAGUAGAUACAAUGGAUAAAAUGUUAACAGAAUACACAGUAAAGCGAAGAACUAAUCGUUGGCCACUUGCAUUUUUUUUCAACAUGAUUGAUAUUGCUGCUUUAGCUGCAUAUAUUAUAUAUAUGGAACACAAUCAAAGGUUUAACACAACUGAUCGACACCGAAAAUUUUUGAAAGAGCUUGCAAAUCAGUUAUGUAUGCCUGCAAUAGAAAUUCGAACCUCCAUACCUAAAGUAGUAGGAAAUCGGUAUACUCGUAAUUCAAUGGAAAUGGUUCUCGGACGGCCAAUACAACAGAUAAUUGCUAUUCCUAAAAAUGAACCACCUCGUGAUGCUUCAGGACGUAUUCAAAUAGUUGGAAGUUGCUUAGUAUGUCGAGAAUUAGGUUAUAAGCAACGGAAAACUCGAAAAGCUUGUUCAACUUGCUCAAAGCCUAUUUGCAAUGAACACUCAAUAAACAAAUCAUUUUGCGAAACUUGCAAUCAACAAAACACCUAAAUAUGUUAUAAUACUUACUAAAUAUGUAAAAAAUAAUAUUUUUGUUCUCUUAAUAUUUGUAUCUAUAUUAAUGAUGUCCAGUAAAAAUAUUUAUCAAUGGUAAUUUAACUUUUUGUAUCAAUAAAACCUAUAUUUAAAUACAAUAUAUAGAGGUACCCAGGUACCUACUACGUCCUUAUAAGGUGUAAAAUUAACAACGCCAUUUUAAGUACAAUAAAUUGUAUACUUUUCAAAUACAAAAUAUAAAUUUGUUAACUAUACAUGCUAUUUAGAGAUGUCACAGAAGGACUAACCAUACAUACUAAAUAUUUAGAAGGAAAAUAAAUUUAAAAACUGAAAAGGUACCCAGGUACCUUUCCAGUCACAUAAGGGUUAAUUUGUAGACUAGGUUUUUUGACCAUUCGGUUUUUUGCCUCGUAGUAACUUAAUUUUUUUUUUUUUACUUAAUAAAGUCCCCUUAAUAUAACUUAACCAUCACAUUUUUCUUCUUUUUUGCGUGUUCCAUCUUCAAUGGACUCGUGUAUUUUUUUUCUCCUUUCAAAAAUCAACUCCCCUAGUUUAUAAGGUACGGGCAACGGCCUUGUAUAAGGUCAUCCCUGAUCUAAAUGGUUAUGUGACAACUGUCACGAGGUUUUGGUGUACAUCUACUAUCAACGACUCAACGGACAUCAACUUUAAUAUUUAUUAAUUAUAUAUUUUUUCUAAUUGUUUUAAUAUACAAAAGUUAAUUUUUUUAAAAAUCCUACUGUGGUCCGACAGUACACUGUCUCGCCCAGUAGGUUGGCGACCCUUUUCUUAGAAUUUUGUAAAAUGCCAUGAAAGUUACAAAUUU